AUGGAAAGUUAUAUAGAUAGUUCUGAUAGUGAGUUUGGUCGUGCAAAAGCUGGGGGGUCAGCUGGAAAGGAGGAGAGCAGGGAACGGAGCCCCAGUCUGAGCGAAGGUGCUAGGGCUGAUCAUCCCAAGGGGCUUCGCUCCGCUGCGCGGAAGCGCCGAGCUUCGUCUCAGCCUGGCGAGACCAGUCCGACAGACAAGGUGUCGCGAACUACAACAUCUGGGGAUGAUGCUAGGGUGGGAACAAAAGACCCUUCCAUCCCGGUGGACCCAUCAAAGGGGACCCAGACUACUUCGCAGAAGACAACUGCGUCGGCGGGUAGUUCUAAGGGUGGUGGUGCCACCCAGGGGGAGAAGGGCGCUGGAGCAAGCAAGGCGCUGAUCGUUGAGCCCUUGCCAAAGCUGACGGCACCAAAGAAGCUACCAUUAAAGAAGGCACCCAUUAAGGCGAGCCUGGGGCCUGGGGGUUCUCGCAGCGACACGUCCGCAGCCCCCAAGCCCACCAAUAAUGUUCCCGAGGGUGUCCCUGAUGUGGACACUCGAUCUGCGGAGGAAGUGGCGGAUUCCAUGCUACUGGGUUCGUCGUUACCCGGUGCGGAGGAGGAGCGGAGGCAGCAGGAGGAGAUCCAUGCAAGUCCUCAUCAUCAAGAGGAUCAUGUGAGGGAAGUUGCGGCUACGCCGCAUGUUGAGGCGUCGCUGGUGGUGGGGGCGAGUACCUCCGCCGUCCCUUCGGCGAGUGCCCCGCCACCAGUGGACAGGAUUAAACUUGCACAGGAAAACAUGGAUCUUGUGCAAGUUCGUGUGACUGAGUGUCAGAAGCUUCUGGCGGAGCUGGCAGAGCAAGGGAGCAGUAAGCCCCAGGACAACACGGAGCUACUCGCUCUGAAAGAUCACGUGUCCAAGCUCACAGCCGAGAAGGUUGCUCUGGUGGAGAAGCACAAGAAGAGCCCCAAGGAGAAAAGAGAUGAGAUUAAAAAGUUACAGAAGAUCAAGGCGGAUUCUGACAAGGAAAUGCUUCAGAUGCUACAACAAGUGAAGAACUUGUCAGACUCCAACACAGCGCUGCAACAAUAA